AUGGUCAUAUCUAAAGAUUCAUAAGAAGUUAUUUUUGUAUUAUAAUUUUUUUUNCUUCAUUAAGAUCAAAUAUUUUAGAAAAAGCUGCCAAUCACUUUUAUGAAAUAUGGUAAUUUGAUUCUGAAAAUAUUGAAUACCUUAAAAAAUAUUUAGAUGUAUAUUUUUGUUUUCUAUUAAAGAUUGUUAAAUGUUUUAAAGGAACUUUAAGUGAUCAAUACCUUGAAGGACUUUGCAAAUAUGCACAAUCUACCUUAGAUCAUGCUGAACUUGCAGAGAUAUAUAAUCAAAUUGAAAAGAAAAAUUUCUCAGAAAUAUAAAAAAAAUGUGCAAUGAC